GCUGUGGCCGUACGUCCCUCUUCAGAGCCGUGUCAGCCCUGCCCGAGGAUUCAGGUUUGCUGCUUCUCAUCCCGAGGGUUAAUCUUGAAGCAUCAUCGCCACUGGCAACCUCAGAAUUUUUCUGGUUUUGCUGGAAAACGCCCUUUGUUCAGCUCUGCCCCUGGGAAAACCCCCGUCAAGCCGGAGAGAGGGCUUGUAAAGCCGGACUAGCUUCUGUCCCCAUGGCUGUGGAUGUUGGAAAGUCCCUUUUGUCAGGCUCACUGAGCGGGAAGGCUGCGGGUGAUGGCAGCUGGGGCUGCACAGAGGUGGAGACGGGCUACCCAGGGCUGGCCAGCAGCCUGCGCCGCCUGGUAGGGCCAGAGGAAGCCGAGCCCUGCCCGCGAGGGACAGGCAGCCUGGCAAGCAGUGGACUCGGUCACCUGGCCACCAGCGUUACUCAGGGAGGCCUGAGCUACUACCAAGAAGUGUCUUCAGCGUCUGAGUCCAGAUUUCCCAGAGCAAGGACAAGCUUCUCGGAGACAGACACCUUAAUUUCCAGAGCUGCCGACCGCCGCGAUGUGCCUCUUCGUGUCAGCCACCAGUUCCUCUCCCUGGAAGAGCAGCAGGUGAAGGCAUCAGGCUGCUGGGAGCCGGUGAGCAGCCCUCCCAGCCGGCGCAGCUCUGCAGAGGAGAGCGUCCUUGCUGGCAGUGGCGACAACGCCUGUCCCAGCCAGCGAAGCCAAAGUCUGGGACCUCAGUCCCCAUUUUGCUCCACCCCAGAGCUCCUGCAGCCCCAAACCCUCCCCAGCCCCGAGCACACCCUGCGGAGCUGCUCUGCAUCAAGCUUCUCCACUCUGUCUUCAGAAGACAAAGGCCUCUCCGAGGAGCCGUCCCAGAGCCUGGCGGCCAGCACCAACGAGCCUUCUCCUGCAGCCAGGGCCAGCCGGGGCCUGCACAGCGGCUGGGGUGCUGCAGAAGGUGGGGUGCUGCGGGCACACAGGCCCUUCAGUCCCCUGCUCCGUGACUGUGUGACCACAGGGCACUUCAGAGGGAUGUCGUCCUACCAGGCCGAUUACUGGGCAUGUGCCAUACCAGAUUCCUUACCCCCGUCCCCGGACCGUCGCUCACCCCACUGGAACCCCAAUAAGGAGUACGAGGACCUGCUGGAUUAUGCUUAUCCACUGAAGCCAAGGUACAAGCUGGGAAAGAUGCCAGAACCUUUCCUCCACGACUCAGGAAUAGGUUUGGACAGCUUCCCUGUUUCCCCCGAGGGCACGUUGAGAUCUACCAGCAUCUACGGCCGAGGUGGGCAGGCUCGGGGAAGUGGAGAAAAUGGGUGUUGGGGGUUUGUGGCUUCCACAGACAGGUUCUCCACCCUGGGGCCUGGAAAAAGAGACUGCUCAGGACCUGGCUCGUACUGUGAACCUUCAGCUGCUGCGAAAGCAUCCUUCACAAAGAGUGCUUCCCCUCAUCCUUCUAGAGGUUUUGCUUCAGAUGUAACAACAGAGUCAGCUGCGCCUGGUUCAUCUGGCCACCCUGCUGCGGAUGGGAGGAGCUGGUGUGCCAGAGGGAGCCCCUUCCCAAACUACAAAGGGCAGGUGGAAAGCACAAAUAGGUUUUUAUCUACAACAAAAGUGCUUCCUCUGAGGAAAGAGUGGGAAGGUGAUGAAGAGUUUCUCUCCCUGCCUCCGAGACUGUGGGAGCUGGAAAGGCUGGCUCAGUUUUUGUCCAGUGUUUCCUUAACUGUAAGGACACCUGGGCACGACCACAGGGACCUGCGACGUCUCAGCGACAGCAGGCAGCCCCCUCCAUCUGCACGGGCUCCUUUCGGAGAAGCAGGGGGCAGGGACAGAGGGAGCAGUGAGGACUGUGCUGGGCUAUGGCAGCCCUGCAGCACCCGAAAGCCCAGCUGGGACAGCACCGACCCGUGUGGCCGGAUCCGCAGGGAUCCUCUGCAGGGGCUCCAUCUACCCCCCAGUGUCAGGGACACGUUGGAUAGGCUGUACCUGAAUGAACCGCGGCUCCCGGGGCAUCCCAAGAAGAGGCAGCAGAGCGAGUCCCUUGCCCAGUGUGUUAAGAUGUUCUGCUGCCAGCUGGAAGAGCUCAUUCGUUGGCUGUACCGUGUCGCAGACACCACGGACGGCUGGGUGCCCCCUUCACCCAACACUGAGGGCCUGAAGGCAUCGCUGCACCGCUGCCUGGAGUUCAAGAAGGACGUGGCCGACCACCGGAGCCUGACGGAGAGCGUCCUGGAGAGGGGAGAGGCUCUCCUCGACUGCAUGGCGUCCAGCUCACCAGCUCUGAAGGACACGCUGGGUCUGAUUGUGCAGCAGUCAGCAGCGCUGGAAACCCGCGCCCAGCACCUCUACGAGUCGGUCCUGGCGGCCACCGGCCCCGGGCAGGGCCAGGCCGCGACACAGGCCCAGGGGCUGCGGGUGCUGCCUCGGUCAGACCUGGGCUCUGCCAGCCAGUCUCGGGACAGCUGAAACACAACCAGCACCACCCCACCCCCAGGAGAUGCCAAAACACCCUGUUCAGAGUCAGCCAGCCCAGCCUGAUGGCAGUUUGGAGGGGUUUGUUGACGGUGGCUUGAGAAAGGCAGGUACCUGCACGUUCAGUGAACAGUGCUGGGGAGCUCUGGGAGCGGGCAGUGUUCACCUGGCCUUUUCGUUUGGUUGCUUUUCUUAAUGUAGUGUUCCUUUGUUUUUAAACUGAAGUGGCCUGUUCCACCUGUGAGCAGAAUGUCCGGAUCAGGUUUUUUAACUGAGUAAUCCAGUGUGCCAUGCAACUCACGUCUAAGUAAAGCUGUGUGAU